AUGACUUUUAUUCAUUUUUCAGAAACUGUAGUAGAAGAUACGAAGAAAGGAGCCCCACGUAUACCAAGAAGAAUAGGAAUAGAAACUGUAGUGGAAACAAUUAAAAAGGGAGUUCCACGUAUUCCAAAACGUAGAAUUGGAAUAGAUAAAGUUGUAGACACAGUCAAAGUUUUAUUCCGACCACCAAAACGAAAACCAGUAGUCAUGCGUAGAGGUAGUAUUUCUUAA